AUGGCGGACCAGAGCUUGUCCAAAAAAGCGUGCGUUAGCCGUUACCGCGUAUUAUUUUGCGACACCAAGGAGAAUCACGGACUUCAUACCGUAAUGAAGUGCUUUGGGUUAUUUCUCUUUGCCACAGCCUGGGCGACGGCAGCCCCAACCGACGACCACAGCUGGAAAAACGAUGAUAACUUCCUCCACAAUUGCGAGUUCGUCAAUUUCGGUCUCGGCGACAAUGACCAGAACCCUUGGAUUCACUACUCGUGCCCCUUGGACCAGCCGCCCUACCUGCAAUGUUCCCGCCUGGAGCUCAACGACUGCAUCAUCAAUGCUCACGGAGUCCUCCGCGGCCAAGAAAAGGGCGGAUUCGCCAAGAGCUGCAAAGACUGCGUCUACCAUCCCAAGAUUGGUAACCUUGUCUGCCAGUGCCGAGGUGCCUUUGCAGAUCCGAAUCAGUACCGCGAGACCCAUAGAUAUCUCGAUCAGGACGUGUGGCUCUCAGGUAGCAAGCUGGGCUGUUUCGGCAUGAAGUCUAGCAGCAAGUGCUGA